AUGGCGGAACUGGCCCCACACACGCAGGCCCCGCCCAACUUCGCGCAUGCGCGCGCGCAUCCAGCAGUGCCUCAGUUUGGGCAGCGGGACCGGGAGGGCGGAGGCCUGGCUGCUGAGGUGCGAAGGGAGGAGCCCGAGUCGCCGCCGCCGCCGGAGAGGACCAUGUCUGCGAGUCGAGCCAAGAAAGUGAAGAUGGCCACCAAAUCGUGCCCAGAGUGCGACCUACAGGUUCCUGUUGCCUGUAAAUCUUGUCCCUGUGGUUAUAUAUUUAUUAAUAGGAAACUCCUGAAAGUAAAACAGUCAGAUAAGUCAUCACCUUUUACAGAAGUGAGCAAUACCAUGUCUUUGAAAGAUUUGCGAAUACUUUUCUUAUAUGAGUUUAAACUCGGACACAGUGCAGCCACGGCCAGCAGGAACAUCAUUUCUGUCUUUGGAGAAGGCUCUGUUAAUGAAAGGACUAUCCGGUGGUGGUUUGAAAAAUUCCGUUCUGGAGAUCUGAGUCUGAAAAAUGAGCCUCGCGGGAGACCCAGGUCUGUCCUAAAUGAAGACGAGCUGCGAGCCCUGGUGGAAGCGAACCCCAAGACCGCAAUCCGAGGCCUCGCCGCCGACCUCGGCGUUUCUGCUACCACCAUUUCUCGACACCUGGCUGCAAUAGGGAAGAUGGUAACUUGA